AGCCUUUUUCAUUUUUUUUUUUUGUUUUCUUUAUGUUCCCUCCUUGUUCAUACCUUGAAGAAUGCUGUGAGUCAUGCUAAGCUAACAAUAAGAGAAGACCUCAUAGAAACGAUGUGCAUAGUAGAGAAGCUAUAAAUACGUGUCUUAGCAAGUCUUCUUAGCAAAUCACGUUUCUGCUGGGAAAGAUCAACAUAGAGUUGCCUGACAAUGGAAAACCAUAUUAAGGAAAGCAGCAAAAAUAAUGGAACCGUUUUUCUCUGCUAUUUUUUAAGAAAGCAAAACUGGUUCCAGAGGCAGUUUUCAGGUCGAAACAGUCAAAGUAAUCAUCCCAAAGAAGGUGCACAUGAAGCUGCAGUUGCAGCAGCUGCAUUUGCGAUUCAGUCACUUCAAGAAGCGAAAGCCACCAAGCUCAAGAGUGAGAGCAGAAAAGACAGCGGCAGAAAUGCCAUGCUUCAUUCUAAUGGAACGACCAGCCAACUCCCAUACAAGAAAACCAAAAUUGCAGUUGACAAUUCCAAGAAAAAGCCAAUGAAACAAAAAACUAAGCAAUUCGAAGGAGUUUAUUCAGCUGCCAAGCCAAGCUCUAAAUCUGCUGUAAUACCAAUAGCACCAGGAGAAAAUGCUGAAUGGUAUGACAAGCUGAAAUCAGUUGUUGCUUGCGGAAGUGACAAGAUGCUGAAAGCCAAGGAUUAAACAAAAAGAAGAAUGAACAAACUGGAGAUGCAAAGGGCAACUAUUGUGCAACAUUACUAAAAACAGGAUAGGAAGAUUUCAUCUGGUUGCUGGCAGGGCAAGAAAAUCUGAAGUUAUAGAGAAGAUCGAAAGAUUAGAUAAUGAAAUAAAUAUGUAUUGGAAUAUAUAUAUAUAUGUAUGUAUAUGUAAUUUGGUUUGGUCAUAUGUAGCAUCAAAGCAAAGGCAUUAGCAAUAAUUAUGACGCUAUGUGUCCCUUUUCUUCUUGAAUCUUUAAAUGAUAUUUUGCUUCAGGCUGGA